GAAAGAUGGCGGCGGAGCCGUCGUGCUCUCCUCCGGGCUGAGGUGUCCGGUGCGUUUCGUGGCCUUGAAGGCGUCUGACGGGCUCGCCAGCGGCCACCAUGUCGGAGCCCGGUCACCUGGGGGUGAAGCGGGCCGAGUCCGCGAAGCUGCGGCGGGCGGAGCAGCUGAAGCGUUGGAAAGGCUCCCUGACCGAGCUGGAGCCGGUGACGCCCGCCCGGAGCCGGCACCGCGGCGGGCCCCGUGUCCGCUUCGAGGACGGCGCGGUCUUCCUGGCCGCCUGCUCCAGCGGGGACACCGAGGAGGUGAAGCGGCUGCUGGCCCGCGGAGCCCGCCUCAAUACGGCCAACGUGGAUGGACUGACAGCUUUGCACCAGGCCUGUAUAGAUGAAAAUCUGGACAUGGUAAAGUUCCUGGUAGAAUAUGGAGCCAAUGUAAAUCAGCAAGAUAAUGAGGGCUGGACUCCACUUCAUGCAGUUGCAUCUUGUGGUUAUCUGAACAUAGCAGAAUACUUAAUAAGUCGUGGGGCCAACGUAGCUGCUGUGAACAGUGAAGGUGAAGUCCCAUCUGACCUUGCAGAGGAAGCAGCUAUGAAGGAUUUGCUCAUGGAACAAGUAAAGAAGCAAGGAAUAGAUCUGGAUCAUGCAAGGAAAGCAGAAGAGCAACAAAUGCUGCAGGAUGCACGGCAAUGGCUAAACAGGUGGAAAAUUGAAGAUAGAAAACAGCCCCGAACUGGUGCCACUGCCCUUCAUGUAGCUGCAGCUAAGGGCUACUCUGAAGUCAUGAGGCUCUUGAUUCAAGCUGGGUUUGAUGUGAAUGUUCAGGACAAUGAUGGCUGGACUCCACUCCAUGCUGCUGCACACUGGGGAGUGAAGGAAGCUUGCUCUAUCUUGGCUGAAGCACUCUGUGACAUGGACAUCAGGAACAAGCUGGGUCAAACACCAUUUGAUGUGGCUGAUGAGGGACUGGUCGAACACUUAGAGAUGUUGCAGAAGAAGCAGAACAUGCUGCGUAGUGAAGAGAACAGAAACAAAUUAAUUGAAGCUGAUAUGAAUGGCAAACUUCAAAGUGGACUCUUCAGAAACAAAGAGAAGAUUCUUUAUGAGCCAGACACUUUGAAAUCUCUAGACCAUGAAGAAGAGAAUAAAGAUUCCAGUAGCUCCAGCUCUGAGGAAGAAGCUGAGGAAGAUGAUGCUUCAGAAUCAGAUACUGAAAAAGAGGCAGAGAGAAAAGAAGAAUCCAUUGCUAACCAUUCCAGCCAUGAGUCCCAAACUCUCAUUACAGAACAAGUACCACCUCCUGAGCACAACACUUUCACUAUGGCUCCUGUCAGAAAAUUUACUACUUCUUUGCUUAACAAAUCUGAAGAACAAAAGGAUGAAUCUCCCUCUUCCUGGAGGCUAAGUCUGCGGAAAACUAGCAGUCAGAACACACUAAAUGAAGGCACUGUUCCUCGUGAUGCACUGACAGAUAAGGGUGGUUCUAUCUAUCGCUCUUCUUCAUCCCCUCGGAUUUCUGCAUUGUUAGACAACAAAGAAAAGCAGGACAAGGACAACAAAAUCUAUUUUGCUUCAAUAGCCCCUCGAAGGUUAAACAGUACAGGUGACCUGGAAGAAAAAGAAAACCGAGAAUCUGCUGUUACCUUGGUACGGAGUGGUUCUUACACACGGCCAUUAUGGAGGGAUGAACCAAAGGCAAAUGAAGCCCCUGCAACUGGUGCACCUUCCACCUAUGUAUCUACCUACAUGAAAAGUGCUUCAUUUGGUAGAAGUAGUGACCUCAGCAGUCCCUACAUUUCAGCCAAUCGCAAUGCAUCUCCUGCUACCUCACCCACUGUCCUUGGUUCAUCUACCUCAUUGGGCACAGAGUGUCAGCUUGCCUCUUGCCCUCCAUCUGUCAGUUCAAAUGCUACAGCAUCAGGCCGCCAGUAUACGAGGACCCCAUACAGGCAACAAAUGGACCCUGCUGUAGAGAAGGGCACAGAAAGCAUCUCUUCUAGCAUUCCGUUAAGUGUCAUAACAAAUGUUGCUGUAUCCAGUACUGCCAAUGGUGUCACGACUGCCAACUCUAACUCAACAACUAGAACAGAGUCCUCUCCUGGGGAUGCCAGGGAUCGGAGAAGGUCAUAUCUGACUCCUGUGCGGGAUGAGGAAGCAGAAUCUUUAAGAAAGGCACGAUCCAGGCAAGCUCGCCAGACCCGCAGGUCUACACAGGGUGUAACACUAACAGAUCUUCAGGAGGCAGAAAGAACCUUUAGCCGAUCUCGGACAGAGAGGCAAACUCAGGAACAGCCAAAUGAAAAGUCUGAAAGAACUGAAACAACUGAGGGAAGCUGUGAGAGAGAACAAGAGACUACAACAAGGGAACCCAAGGAGACUCUCUCACGAUGGAGUAGGAACUUGGAUGAAGAGUCUGUCAGUCAUCGAUUGAGGUGCCCGGCUCCAGACAAAGCUACAAACCCCAUCUCUCCAUCAGUAACCCCUUUCCUUUACUCAAGCUCUCAUCUGCCCAGAACAAGCAGAUCUGUAGCUUCCGAUUCAGUGAACCCAACAGGCUUCCAAACCGCAUCUGUCAGCGACAUGGAGAAAAACGAAUAUGAUGAUCAGGAUUUGGAUGACAGGUCUUCAAACAAGCAAUCAGUUCGGGAGAGGAGGCGACCGAAAGAGAGGCGAAGAGGCACAGGAAUCUCUUUUUUUACAAAUGAAGAUGAAGAUUUGGGUGGUACUGAGGAAGUAAAGGAAGCUAGGCAUGAAAGACUUUCCAGGUUGGACACUGCAAGUUCAAGCUCUGGCACCAGCGAUAACUAUGGUGAUCGUCCCUCAGGCCGCAGCAGUGCCUAUACCAGGCGAGAGAAUCGCCUGGCUGCCCUCAGCAGCAGAACAGAGGAUGACAGUAGCAGGGAUUAUAAAAAACUCUAUGAGAGUGCCCUGUCUGAAAAUCAAAAAUUGAAGUCAAAACUACAAGAUGCCCAGGUGGAGCUUGCUGACAUCAAAUCAAAAUUGGACAAAAUAGCCCAGCAGAAGCAGGAAAAAACCUCUGAUCGUUCAAGUAUGCUUGAAAUGGAAAAGCGGGAAAAACGAGCCCUUGAGCGGAAACUUUCUGAAAUGGAAGAGGAAAUGAAGGUUUUGACAGAUCUAAAGUCAGACAAUCAGCGGCUGAAGGACGAAAAUGGAGCACUCAUCCGAGUCAUCAGUAAACUCUCAAAAUAGUACACUGAGUAGAGGAUGGAUAUAAAGAGAAGACUUCUGUGCACAAGCUGCCAACCCUGCCACUCGCUUCUGAUCCUCCAGUUGAAACAACUUCUGGCAUUUCAAAGAUGGAUCAGAUUGUCACACCCUCUACUACCUUGUACCUUGCUGGGCAUUUUCAUAUUGCACAGUGUUUAUCCCUUUGCCCCCAAACACAUGGCAUAUCCCACCACCUGUUUUAUUAUUUUUAGAAUGUUGAAACAACUCCAUCAUUUAAAGGGACAAAAAUGGACUAGUUUCCUCUGAGCAACCCAAACAAUCUGCUGUAUUUCCGUCCACUAUAACCAAUGGAAAGAAGCAUCCUACUGUAAUAAGUGAUAUAGAAAUGACUAUAUUGUGUUGAUCCAACAUGUCUUAAGGUGGUGGAAUAGGGGGUAGUGAGUGAGACUGGGAAUUGUCACUGAAGAUGUAUCCAUCUCCCUUCUGGUAUUUGGGAGUCUGCAAUGCUGUGAAUGCCACAGUUACUUAUUUCUCUGAGAGUCUAUGACAACAGUUACUUGGCUUGGAGAUUUGGGUUCUCCAUGUGUCUCAGUAGCUGACUGGCUUAUUUAAUACAAGAUUUUAAAUCUAACUUAACUUUAGGAUCCAAAUCAGUGGUUUUUCUUCCUUUGUUUUUCUUCACCUUUAUAGCCCACCUGAUGAUGCUUCCUGCUGUUUCUUUCUAUAACCUUUUCGGGUGCUGCUUAAUAAUAGAUUUUUUAGGCUCUGCACUCUUGGGCUAACAUUCUGCCCCUGCAAUUCUACUGAAAAUCUACUAAACAGCAGAAACGGUUUAUCAAGUUCCCAGUUCUAUGAAAUCUUUUAUGAAAUUGUAACACUGGAUGAAAAGCCCUACAAAGUAUCUGGAUGGACAUUUUGUAUAACUAUGGUAAAUUUUCAGUGGAUGUUAAAUCAGUUGAAGGUAUAAGGAGUGUUUGGGACGUUUAAAGUAGAAAAUGUAGAGAGAUUGAGUAGAGGAGCCACUGUAGGAAGUGAUGGCCCUCAAUCUUAAUGGAAAGACUUGAACGUGCUGCAUCAUAUUUGAUAGAGCAAUCAUUUUUCCUCUUGUAAAACGUGAAUGAGUUUACAUCUACUAAGGAAGUUACCAGCAGGCAUUGCUCAAGCCCCAUUUUCUGUGCUUGCUGUAAAUGAAUGAGUUCACUGUCAUGAAUUCGCAUAAUGUCACCAUUUCAUACGGCAUAUUUUCCUGUUUUCUACAGUCCUGAGGAACCAGCUUUUACUGUGGAACCAAAUGAGAAGAGUCCUUGUUAAUAUCAUCUUGUUCAGUGGGCUGCUGCUUUCUUCCUUACGUUCUUUCUUUUCCAAGAUAUGCUAUUGGUUUUAUGAAGUUAUUUAUAUCUGCACUUCAGAAGCUUUAGUUUUGGUGUAACUUUCUCACCAUUACUUAGCAAAAAACCUUUGGGGACUGAGACUAUCCAGUCACUACUAGAUUUGAGUGAGUUAUGUCAAGGUAGGACAUUACUAGUGGUACUCAGUGAGGCAAGAUGUUUUCAAUUUGUAUUUGUUCUGCGAUGGAUCACCUUCUAGGCAAAAGUAUGGCUGGCUUUCAUCAUCUUUGGAUGUUUCUUAUCCAGAUGUAUGUAUUCCUGUCAGCUAAAUAGAACUGUAAAGAAUGUUCUCAAUAGCUAGUCAUCCCCAUCUCUGAAUUGGCCAGCAGAGUUGCUUUUGUCCUUUGGUUUCACAUUCUAGUAUGGUAAACAUUUUUGCACACAAAUUUUGAACAGUAAGAAAGCAGAACCUGAGUUUUCAACAAGCUGUAGGCCUUAUGAGCCUAGAAGUUGCCUUUCAUCUAAAUCUUUUUGAAAAACAUUCAGGUUUUUGGAUUGGUCAGUUAAAUCGUGUAGUUCCUUAUAGUUUUACUGACAUUAUCCAUUUCUCUUGUCAAUCUACUUUUUUUUUAUGGUUAGGGUUGAUGAUUGCCUUAUGGUCCACUUCUUGUUCCAGAUCUAGGUGACCCAGGAACUGGUACCUGUCUUUAUACUAAUGUAUGUUCUGAUCUCUUCGUGAGUGAUACUUUCCAAGUCUUUGGCAUGCUAUUAGCUUACUUAUCUGGCUGAUCUUUAUAUGGACAAGGAAUUUCAUCUGAUCCUCUUUAAACUUUGUCAUAAACACUCAGUUAUAAUCUAUUCUGUAGUGAUUAUCUGAAAUUCUGCUGUAUUCAGUUUCUACUGAAAUAUGAUCAAACCAUUGACACAGUUUCAUCUAUAUGAUCUUAAUGGCAAAACUUAUACUAGUUUUGAUAGGAUUUAGGAAACAUGAAAGAUGGUGCCAUAUGGACUAAACACUUCUAAAGCUAGGAUGUGACAUACAAACCUGCAUCCUGUUUAGUUGGAAAUUGUGCGAACAAAAUAAUCUGCUUGAUUAGCCAAAUCUCUAACUUGGUGCUAUAGAAAUAAUGGCAUCAGGCUAUCCCAGGAGCCAUUGAGAGCAGUUGUGAUGCAUCUUGAUAUUCUGAACUGCAAGGUAUGCAUUCUGAUACAAUUUUCCUUGUUCAAUACUCAGCUUUUUCUCCCUUGAUAAAAUUAUCAAGGGUUUGUCCAAGUAAAUUACUUGCAAACCCAUUUUUAUGCCAGCGUUGAAAUAAACUAUGAUUUUAAUACAGGUUUUAAAGGAAGAAGCAGACUUUUCUGAUGAAGAUAGGAGAGCUCAUGCACAAGCAGAUUAACAUCUGUUUUUAACUUAGAAAAUUCAGCGAUGCAAAAUUAGUUUUACUAGAUAAUGAUGGCUUAAUGAUUGGUAAAUUUUAGUGUUUAGGAAGAUUUUAUAUAAUGGUAUAAUUAUGGAGUAUGCUAGAAUGUUCUGUGCAUAAAUUGCAAAUUAUAUAAGGAAAAUACUGAAAGCUUAUUCUGAGUGUGCUAUAUGGGUUUUCAAGCUGUGAGCACUGGAAAAUGUUUCUUUCGACUUCUCGGUAGAGCCUUCUGCCAUACUACUUUCUUAUUCUUAUAACCUUACACUUCAAAAGCUUUUAUAGCUAAGAUGUACAUCACAAGCUUUAUGCAUGUAUGUAUAAGGUCUUAUAAAUUUCUUCCAAAGCAAAAUUGCUUUGCAACUAUUUAUUUGACUUGAGAACUCAAGAGUAAGGAAGAAACAGGACUGGCUUCGUUGCCCACAAAACAUAUAUGUAAGGUUUUGGUGGGGGCAGAGUUGUUGGUCAAAGCAAAGUUUCAGGUGAAGCUAGAGACAUGCAGGAAGGACUGAAUAAAGGGAACUUGUAUAAAGUUGUCUCAAGAGCUGACAUUUUGUGGCCGACUUGCAUUAAGAGGAGCUAUGAUAUAUUUUAGAAAUAUGGGUGUACAGCUGUAACAGUGAAUAAAGGCUGAGCAGUUGGUGGAAAAUGUCAAAUGGACAAUAGAGGUAUAAGCUGUAGAGGCAAGUAUGUUUUCAAGGUGGCUUAUGUUAGUUGACCAAGUACAGUGUAGUAGCAGUUCUCAUUGUAUCUGUAUUGGUUUGCUGUUAAUAGAGGAUUAAUGGACAAGUCUAGAGAAGUGAAAAGAUGUGUUUCAGCCAGUCAUUGAAUAAAAUACCUGUAAGAAUGGAAGUGUUAUGAGCAUGCUACAUUCUGUUAAAUACCUUCAGAUUGGUUAAUGGUUUUCUGUCCAUGUGGAAUUGACUUUGAUUAUUUGAGGUCAGCCAUAUAGAUACCUGGCAGCAUUGUAAUUGUUACUGUAUCACUUCCUCCUUAGGCUGAUAUAGGCGAACCUCCUCCAUUAGUGUGGAUGUUCAUUAGCAGUUAAAGCUCUUACUUCUACGGAGUCACAAGAAAUGAUAAAACUAGCUACAGUUGUGCUUGGGUAAACAGGAGAGUGCCAUUUAUUUUAUAUUACCUAGGAAAGUCAGGUCUGUUUCCAUCUGAACAGAUGGGAUGGUCUGAAAGGUUCAGGAUAAAGUGUAUGAUAUGUGAUCAAAAGUAGUAGAGAGGAAAACGUAGUCAUUUUCCAGCCUUUAUCUUACGCACUAUAACUCGGGUUUCUGCAGCAUUACCAGAUGAUGAAAUAGCCAAUUUCCUGACAAUAAAUAGAAAACACAGUUCAACUCAAAAUACACUUAGGACAAGAAUACAGUGUAUAUUGUUCUCCUUACCACCAUAAUUUGUUUUAAAGGUGGUGGGUUGCUUGUGAUCAUACACUUCAAAAUUCCAUCUUGAAUUUUGUCUCUUUCUGGAUGUCUUUCUCAUUGCUUUUUGUCCAUCAGUAGUUGAAAGUGAUCCUGCUUUGGCAAUAUUUCUCAGGUAUUUGAAGCCUCCAUUUCUUGCUGAGAUCAUAGUUCUGUCACUUGCAUUGGUGACACCUUUUAUACAACCCUUCCAAGUCCUGAUGCUGUGCUACAAGUUUGCUGUAGGUCCUUUUUCUUCAUACUUUCAUCAUAAGCUGCUGCUGUAAUAGCCUAUCUGAAGCAUAGGGCAGCUCCUGAAUCCAGCACUUGUAUGUGUACUCCUACUUUUAGAGAUGUAGAAAAGGAUAUAAAUCUCUCUCAAAAGAGAACUUCUUUGCUUUGAGCUUACCAAGUCCCUAAGGGCCUUUCUUGGACGGGGUUAAGGUUGGAUCACAUUUGCCUUCACGUUUUAAAGAGUUUUGUGUGACUUGACUACUUGAGGCAGCAUGUUCCAAGAAGAGCUUCAUACCAAGGGUAGCUCUGAACAGCUCACAAGUGUUGGUGCUUGAAAUGGGCCACAUCCAUGGUCGGUUCUUUUCUUCUCUUGUUUCUUUCCCGUGACACUCCUUUCCUCUCUCUUUCUGGGGUGAGUUGGUAAAUGCGUCUUUUUAACUGUCUCAGUAAAACUCUGAGCAACAGCAAGGCCUAACUCAUUGCUACAAGACCUGUUGUGCUUCCCCCCCGCCUUAGCUCAUGCUGUUGAAGAGCCUAGCAACAAGAACUCUCUUAAAAUGCUGACUCCUAGAAAAGAGAGUGUGGUGUUCCGCUGUUGGCUUGCUAACUUCCUGAGCAGCAAGUAUUCUGUACUUACCUGUUUUAAGGAGAGUUUUACAGAUGUGUGUAAAUACAGUACUUGGAGAGAAGACUAGCCUGUGAGUGGUGGGAAAGAAUGUAUUUUUAUGCAACUUUAUGAGUGGCCUUUCAAACUCUGAGAUGAAUGAUUUUUGUUUUACUGAUUGUUAUAUAGUGUUCAAAGUACUAUGUUUGAAAGUUUGGGAAUAAUAUUCACAUCUAUAUGAUGCUUGUAAACACUACAGUAUUUAUAAAUGAAUAAAUAAGUGCUUUAA